CCUUUAAGUCUUUAACCUAAGAAUCUAUAAGGUGCAGAAAACACUGUUUUGAGAAACAGUUUUCUUGUUGCCCUGUUGGUCGCUUGUGCUCUUGUUUGAAGCGUUGUAUCGUCUUUCAUCUCUAGAACGCCAGGACUGAAUCCUUGGUCUUUUACAUUUUCUGUUCAUGUCUUUUCUUUACACAAACGAGAGUAGACAAAACAGAGUGAAAGAGACAUGAUUAUAUUAUAUGUUUUAACUCAUAUAAAGUAUGUGACAAUCAUGUACUUGGAGAAACAUAAUUGUAUUAUAUGUUUACCACAAAAAGAAAAAUAAACAUAAUUGUAUUGUCCAUGCGACUUUUCUCGUUCUACAUCUAGCGUCUACCCGAUUCUAAUCUAUUAAUCUUUGAUCAGAGUUCCACGUUUUUCGAUCUAUGUUCGAACUAAAUUACUAUAUAUUCUGUAAGACAAAAGCAAGCCACCUACUGUUUUUGUCUCACUUGAUUUGAUUCCCGUCCCCUUUUAAUUAGUUAUUACCCAUGAGAUGCUCAAGCCAAUGUAAUAUAAACAAACAAAAAAGUGUAAAAUAUUCGUUCGUUGUCCAGUUCUCGACUCCUAUAAAAAUGUUUAGGGAACUUGAAGUACUCACCAGAAAAUAAACUUCGAUAGAUACUCUUACUUUCGCAUUUUAACUUUCUCACUAGGAAAAAGAGAAAGAAAAAAGAAAGAGUAAUUAUGGAGAGACAAAAGAGUAUUAUGGAGAGACAGAAAAGCAUGGAAAGUGGUUUACUCAGGAAGAGUCUCAGCAUAAGAGAAAGGAAACACCCAAACGACGAUAGCUAUCUUGAUACCGGUUUAUCAUCAAAGCGGCAUAAAGAAGCAAAGAAACAUCAAAACGAAGAUGGUGAAUGUUCUGUCACAUCCUCUGUGUGUCUUAUCACCUUUAUCGUCGUUACUGGCUCUUUCUGCGUUGGUUGUGGUACCGGUUAUUCUUCAGUUGCCCAACAUGGAAUUGUCAGUGAUUUAUCUCUCUCAGUUGCCGAAUACUCAGUGUUCGGGUCAAUCUUGACAUUAGGAGGACUCAUUGGUGCAGUAUUUAGCGGUAAAAUCUCUGAUGUUUUGGGAAGAAAACGAGCAAUGUUUUUCUGUGAAGCUUUCUGCGCAACAGGCUGGCUAUGUAUCGCAUUGGCUAAGGAUGCACUUUGGCUGGACUGCGGAAGAUUCCUACUUGGAAUAGGGGUUGGCAUCUUUAGCUACGUGAUUCCCGUGUAUAUUGCGGAAAUAGCACCAAAACAUGUUCGAGGAUCGUUCGUGUUUGCUAAUCAGCUAAUGCAAAAUUUUGGACUUUCACUAUUUUUCAUCAUUGGAAAUUUUAUUUCCUGGAGAUUUCUAUCAAUCAUUGGUAUGGUUCCAUGUGUUCUACACGUCGUUUGUCUAUUCUUCAUUCCUGAGUCUCCAAGAUGGCUGGCAAAAGUUGGUCGUGACAAAGAAUGCAGAGCUUCUCUACAACACCUAAGAGGCCAUGACGUGGACAUCUCACAAGAAGCUAACGCAAUUAUAGAUACAAUGGAAUUUUCACAACAAAGCGGUGAAACUGGAUUUGUGGAACUGUUUCAGAGGAGAUAUGUAUUUCCGUUAAUUAUCGGAGUUGGUUUGAUGCUCUUGCAACAACUGUCCGGUAGCGCAGGUGUUAUCUAUUAUGCUAGUAGCCUGUAUGAAAGAGGAGGUUUCCCUAGCGCUAUUGGCACAUCUGUAAUGGCGACAAUAAUGAUACCAAAAGCGAUGAUUGGAACAAUCAUUGUCGAUAAAAUGGGAAGAAGAACUCUACUUAUGGCUUCUUGUGCUGGAAUGGGCCUGUUUGCUUUGCUCUUAAGUGUUUCCUACAGUCUCAAGUCAUUCGGCAUUCUACCAGAACUCACUCCACUUUUUACCUUCAUCAGCAUACUGGGUUAUGUUAUAUCAUAUGCUUUGGGAAUGGGAGGGCUACCAUGGAUUAUAAUGUCUGAGAUAUUUCCUAUGAACGUAAAAGUUUCAGCUGGAACUUUAGUUACUGUUACCAACUGGGCAUGUGGUUGGAUUAUUACUUUCACCUUCAAUUUAUUAAUGCAAUGGAAUGCAUCAGGAACAUUUUUAAUUUUCUCGUCCGUCUCAGCCGCGUCGAUCGUGUUUAUCUAUUUAAUAGUGCCUGAGACGAAAGGAAGGUCACUCGAAGAAAUACAAAAAUUGCUUUCGAAUUCUGUUCAUUAAUACAAAGUAUCGUUUUAUUUCUUGUUGCAAGAAAAGUAAAAAAAAAGGA